AUGUCUCCAACCGCUUCCAAGAUCACGGAGUGGGUCAAGCCGGGCGACAAGAGUGGCGAGUUCAAACGGCAGGCAAGCUCGUUCCGCAACUGGAUCUCGACGGAAUCGGGCGCACAGUUUCCCCCUGAAAAGGGCCGCUAUCAUCUCUACGUCAGCUACGCAUGUCCGUGGGCCCACCGGAUCCUGAUCGUGAGGAAGCUGAAGGGACUGGAGGAAUACAUCAGCUUCUCGGUGGUACAUUGGCAUAUGGGCGAGAAGGGCUGGCGCUUCCCCAACCCCCAGGACACCGACGCCGAGGGCGAAAACGUAAUCCCCGACCCCAUCCCAGGCCACAAGUCCUUCACCCACCUACGCGACGUCUACUUCAGUGUUGACGCCAACUACGGGGGUCGUUUCACGGUCCCCGUGCUCUUCGAUAAGAUUCAAAACACCAUCGUCAACAACGAGAGCAGUGAGAUCCUGCGCAUGCUCGGCACCGCCUUCAACGACCAACUCCCCGCGGAGUACGCAAAAGUCGAUCUAUACCCUGAAUCUUUACGAAACAACAUUGACGAGACGGGCGAAUGGACCUACGAUCUGAUUAACAACGGCGUCUACAAAAGCGGGUUCGCCACGACGCAGGAAGCGUACGAGCGGAAUGUGACAGCGCUGUUCGAGGCGCUGGACAAGGCCGAGAAACACCUCUCUUCGAUCGCCACCUCCAGUUCCUCCAAGGGACCCUACUACUUCGGCGAAACGCUCACCGAAGCCGAUAUCAGGCUUUACGUAACGCUGAUCCGGUUUGAUCCCGUCUACGUCCAGCACUUCAAGUGUAACAUCCGGGAUAUUCGCUCGGGCUACCCGUACUUGCACAAGUGGAUGCGGAACUUGUACUGGAAUGUGCCCGCGUUUAGGGACACGACGAAUUUCUUGCAUAUUAAGAGGCAUUAUACUCAGAGCCAUACGCAAAUAAAUCCCCAUUCCAUCACACCUGUGGGGCCAGUUCCGGAUGUGUUGCCUUUGAGGGAGGAGGUUGCUAUUGUUGGAGCGAAGAUUUAG